UUACUACAACAAAUCCUGUUUAUUGUGAGUGAAGAUGGGAGAUAAUAGAUACUUAGGCUUUGCAACAUUUGUGUUUAUUUCAUGCUUUCUAGUGUUAGGGAUCACUGCUGCUGCUGAUUCAUCAAACUGCUCACGCUUUACUGAUCCAGGAAUCGUUUUAGCGAAAUGUUUAACCUACAUAAAAAAGUCAGGGCCACAAUUUGAACCUUCAAAUGAUUGUUGCGCAGUCAUGAAAAUUGGUAAUGUCGUCCAAUGCCUCUGCCAAAAACCACCCCCUAAAUUUGAAACUAUUGUCAGCAUGGAGAAAUUUGUGCAUGCAGCUACAACUUGUGGAGCUCAAACUCCUCCACCAGGACAAAACUGUGGAAGUUAUACUAUUCCUUCUUCACCUCCGACACCGACACCUGUUCAACCAUCUCCUAUUCCUCGUUCUCCUGCACCAAUUCGCCCUCCGCCUCCUACUCCUCGUUCUCCGGUUCCGCGCCCUCCUCGCCGUUCUCCACCUCGUCGUCGUUCUCCUCCCUUGCCAUGAACCACAAUAUUCAAGACGCACAACUUCGUCUAUUAUCCAGGGAUCCGUUUCUAUAUAAUGAAUAAAUAGCUUAAUAAUAUAUGCUGUGCGUUUAUUUAACUAUUUACUAUUGUUUUUCUCAUGACAUUGUACUUGAUAAUAAUGACAGCAAUGAAGUUCCUUUAGCA